GCCGCACUGGAAGACAUGCUCUGCGAGCUGAGGAAACAGGCCAGCAAGCCUGCCCCAGAGCUUUUGAACGAAUAUUCUCGCAAAGUGGACUUUCUGAAGGGGCUUUUGGAAGCUGAAAAGUUGUCUUCAUCAACUGAAAAGGCUCUGGCAAAUCAGUUCUUGGCCCCUGGACGUACCCCUACAACAACCAAAGAGAGAACCCCAGCUACUAAAACAGUUCAUCUGCAGACAAAGGCUCGUUGCACGGGCAAGAUGAGGAGUGAGCUGCUUGGUACAGACCCCUUGGCUAUCGAUGAUGCUGAGGAGUUAAAUAUAAGGAAGCGGAAAGGCCUUGCCCCUGAUGAGAGGCAGUCAGCAGUGGAGCUGGAUGCUGUACUGCAGCACCACCAGGACAUGCAGGAGAAGCUGGCUGAAGAAAUGCUGAGCUUGGCUCGCAGUCUCAAGAACAACACCCUGGCUGCCCAGAACGUGAUAAAACAAGAUAACCAGACACUGUCACACUCCCUCAGGAUGGCCGACCAGAACUUUGAGAAGCUCAAGGAUGAAUCUGACCGCCUUGAACAGCACGCCAAGAAAUCAGUCAACUGGCUGUUAUGGAUAAUGUUGAUUGUAGUUUGUUUUAUAUUCAUCAGCAUGAUUCUCUUUAUCAGAAUUUUCCCCAAAUUAAAAUGA